CUUUGGAAAGCCUACAACUCCCCAGACCAAUCUUCUCAUCCCUUUUUCCUUUCGAUCUUCUUCUCUUCUCCUCCAAAGAUUUCUCUUUUCCUCUUCGUUUUCCUCUUCUUCGUGUUUUCAAUCCAUAAACUUCGCUUCGAUCUCUUCUUUGUAUUGUGUUUUAGUUUUUUUUUUUUCUUCAAUUUGCUUUUAUUGUUUCAUGGCUUCAGCUUUCGUUUUGACGCCAGAUUCUCUCAAAGUCGCUAGAAAUUGGGGAAUUUCAUCGAGAAACUCAUAUGGUUGUCUCUAAGCUUCGAUUUGGACUGAUAAAAAUCUCUCCUUUGUAGUUCCUGAUCUUGUUCUGGAGUUUCCAUGCUGGGUUUAAUGGCGGAAAGGGGCUCUUUCUUCGGGUUUCUAUUCAUGCACGCAUGGUGUUUGUGUUUAUUCCUAGUUUUCAAAGCUUCGCCUACUUGCUCUCAGAUACAGAGCUGCAAUUCUAAUGAUCUUAGUGCGCUGAAGGGGUUCUUUAGUGGGUUGGAUUCUGGGGUUGAUGGUUGGAGCUUCAAUGGUUCUUCAAUGGAUUGCUGUGCUUUUGUCGGCGUGUCUUGUAUGGGCGGUCGAGUUGUUGGCUUGGAUCUCUCUAGGAUGAGAUUGAGAGGCUCUGUGUCGGAUUCUCUUGCCGGAUUGGAUCGUCUGAGCAAUCUCAAUCUCUCUUCCAAUUCACUUCGUGGCUUGGUACCUCCAGACUUAUUCAAACUCCAAGAACUUCAGCGUCUUGAUCUCAGCUCCAAUGGUUUCUCUGGUUCUGUUCCUUCGAACUUUAACCUUCCAGCUAUUCAAGUGUUCAACAUUUCUCACAAUUCAUUUAAUGGCAGCCAGCCCAUUCUCUCUGGAUCCAUGAACUUGUCUGUUUUCGACAUCAGCUACAAUUCGUUCUCUGGACCAGUGUACUCAGGUAUAUGCAAUUCGUCAAAAAGUAUCCAAGUUCUUAAGUUUUCGGAUAACUUUUUCUCCGGCAUGAUUCCGUCUGGUUUUGGGAGCUGUAGUUCUCUUUUGGAGCUCUCUCUUGGCAUUAAUGGCUUCGUUGGUGUCUUGCCUGAUGAUCUCUUUGAAUUGUCUUCACUCAGGCAUUUGUUUCUCCAGGGGAACUGUUUGUCUGGUCCAUUGAAUUCAAUGAUCAGCAAUCUCUCUAAUCUUGUUCGGUUAGAUCUUUCAUUGAAUAAUUUCUCUGGUGUGAUUCCAGAUGUCUUCAGUAGCAUGAGAAAGUUGGAAUUUUUCUCUGCUCAGUCAAAUUGUUUUGUCGGUCACUUGCCCGGUUCACUCUCUAACUUGUCAUCACUGAUAGUGCUCAGUCUAAGGAACAAUUCUCUCAGUGAAGGUAUUGAUCUUGAUUUCAAGACAAUGAAUUCGCUUGUCUAUCUUGAUCUUGGAUUAAAUUCCUUCACCGGAAGACUCCCGUCUGGUCUCGCUUAUUGUAGCGGACUGAAGACAUUGAAUCUUGCAAGCAAUAAGCUUGUCGGUGAAAUACCUGAUAGCUUUAGGAACCUCACAGCACUGUCUUACUUAUCACUAUCGAGGAAUGACUUGAACAAUGUCACUUCUGCUCUUGGGAUUCUGCAGCACUUCUCCAACCUGACUUAUAUUGUUUUGACUAGGAAUUUCCUUGGUGAUAAGAGCGUGUCAUUGGAGGGAAUUCAAGGUUUUGAGAACGUCGAAGUUCUAGUCAUGGCAAACUGUGGACUCUCAGGCUCAGUUCCUCAAUGGUUAGCAAAAUGCAGCAAACUGAAGGUCUUGGAUUUAUCGUGGAAUCGCUUUCAAGGGAAUGUCCCUUCCUUUUUGGGAGAACUUGAUUUUCUAUUCUACUUGGAUCUCUCCAACAAUUCAUUCACCGGGGAAAUCCCAAACAGUCUGGCUCAACUGAAGAGUCUCAUGUCAGGGAAUGUGACGCAAAAAGAACCUUCGACUGAGUUCUUCCCAUUCUUCAUCAAAAGGAAUGGUACUGCAAAAGGUUUGCAGUAUAAUCAGGUGAGUAGCUUUCCUCCCUCUUUGCUUUUGGGCCAUAACAAUCUUACUGGAUCAAUCUUACCGGGAUUCGGAGACCUUAAGAAUCUCUUGGCAUUGGAUUUAAGCAAGAACGAUCUCUCAGGGACUAUACCGGAGGAGUUAUCGGGCAUGUCCAGCUUAGAGAAUUUGGACUUGUCACACAAUAAUCUCACUGGUGGCAUUCCUUCAUCACUGACCAAACUGAAUUUUCUAUCUAGUUUCAGUGUGGCUUUCAAUAAGUUAGUUGGCGCCAUACCAACAGGAGGCCAAUUCUCAACAUUCUCAAGUGCUGCUUUUGAAGGGAACGUUGCUCUGUGUGGCUUCAACUUCUCAUCCUGCGCAGCGGAAGCUCCUUCUUCAUCUGUAAACCAGAACCGUAAAAACAAAAGAGCUCUUGUGGGAAUUGCAUUUGGUGUCGGUAUUGGUGCAUCAUUUAUUCUUGUUAUCAUCUACAUCCUCGUGUCAAGAUCACAUUGUAGAAUGCCUGAAGACAAUGCGAUGAAGGUUGCAGAUGCUAAUGGGCUCGCAGAAUCAGCAGCUUCAAGCUUGGUGCUUCUGUUUCAGAACAAAGACAACAAAGAGCUAAGCAUCAAUGAUAUCUUGAAUUCUACUAACAACUUCAAUCAAGCACUGAUUAUAGGAUGUGGAGGUUUCGGUCUGGUUUACAAAGCAACUCUUCCCGAUGGUAGAAAGGUUGCGAUCAAGCGGCUUUCUGGUGAUUUCUGUCAAAUGGAGAGGGAAUUCCAAGCUGAGGUUGAAGCUCUAUCAAGAGCUCAACAUAAAAAUCUUGUUCUGCUUCAAGGAUACUGCAGGAUUGGAAAUGACAGGCUUCUAAUCUACUCUUACAUGGAGAAUGGGAGUUUAGACUAUUGGCUUCACGAGAAAUUCGAAACCGGUGCAACACUGGAUUGGAACACAAGACUUCAAAUUGCGCAAGGAGCAGCAAGAGGUUUGUCAUACUUGCACCAAUCAUGCCAGCCCCACAUUCUUCAUCGUGACAUCAAAUCAAGCAACAUAUUGUUAGACUCUAACUUCAAAGCUCAUUUAGCUGAUUUCGGGCUUGCAAGACUUAUUCUGCCUUAUGAUACACAUGUGACAACCGAUGUUGUUGGUACUUUAGGCUACAUUCCUCCAGAAUAUGGCCAUUCUUCGGUUGCUACUUUCAAAGGUGAUGUUUAUAGUUUUGGUGUGGUUUUAUUAGAAUUGCUUACUAGUCGAAGGCCAGUGGAUAUGUGCAAACCGAAAAAUUGCAGAGAUUUAAUCUCAUGGGUGCUUCAGAUGAAGAAAGAUAAGAAGGAGAUUGAGGUGUUUGAUCCAUGUAUAUAUGAUACUGCCCAUGACAACCAAAUGAUGCAAGUCCUUGAAAUUGCAUGUAUGUGUGUAAAUAAAACGCCGAAACUGCGGCCUCCAACACAACAAUUGGUUGCAUGGCUGGAUACAAUUGGCCUUGAUGAGCAGCUCACAAAGUGAAGAAACACGAAAAACCUUGCAAAUCUUCGAUCCAUCGCGGUAUGCAUUUGUGAUGGAUUGAUUAUAAGAGGUGAUCCCGCUGAAAUUUUCAGGUGUACAUACAUAGAUAUGCAGAUUGUCAAUUUUCUUACAUUGUAGCAAAAAUAAAACAGCAUUCAAUUGGGCUCUGUUUUGUUUGCAUUCAUAUGUUUCAUGAAUCGCAGAUACUUUGUAAUAUUAAUACAUUAAAUACAAGUUUUUGAAGUUUUCAGUGAAGAUAUCCAUUUUUUGUACCUUCAAUCUGUUGCAGAAGUUAAAUAUCUUCUUCUCAAACUAUUUCAUGAGU